AUGGCCACGGCGCUGCCCCCCACGCCGGCCGGCGGCAGCCGCUCCGUCAGCCGCGCCGCCGAGUCUCCGCUGAGCCCGGCGCGCCUGAGCCGGCUGCAGGAGAAGGAGGAGCUGCGGCAGCUCAAUGACCGCCUGGCCGCCUACAUCGAGCGGGUGCGGGCGCUGGAGGCCGACAAGUCGGUGCUGCAGCAGCGGCUGAGCGAGCACCAGGCGGGCAGCGACCGGGAGAUGGGCUGCCUGCGGCUCCGCUACGAGGCGGAGCUGGCCGACGCCCGCCGGGCGCUGGACGACAUCGCCAUCGAGCGGGCCACGCUGCAGGUGGAGCUGGGCAAGAUUGGCGAGGAGCACCGGCAACUGCACGUCAGGAAUUCCAAAAAAGAAAGUGAUUUAAACGUGGCCCAGGCUCGUGUGAGAGACCUCGAUGCCCAGCUAAAUGCGAAGGAAGCUGAUUUAGCAACAGCCCUGAAUGAGAACCGGACUUUGGAGAAUGAGCUCCGUGAAUUAAAGGAUCAAGUACUCAGUCUGAAUCUGUCACUGGAGGAUACUAAAAAGCAUCUCCACAGUGAAAUGUUGAGGAGGGUAGAUCUAGAAAACCAUAUGAAAACACUGCAGGAAGAAAUGACGUUCCAGAAGCGCCUUCAUGAAGAUGAGCUCAAGGAGACAAAAAGAGUCCAUGAGAGCAGGAUAGCAGAAGUAGAAUCUGGCCGUCAAAGAGAAUUUGAGAGCAAGCUCUCAGAUGCUCUGCAGGGGCUCAGAAAACAGCAUGAAGAACAAAUUCAAGGCUACAAAGAGGAGAUGGAGCGAACAUUCGGUGCAAAGGUGGAGAAUGCCCAGCUAACUGCAGCAAGGAACUGUGAGUUUGCCAAUGUCGCUCGGGAGGAGCUGAUGGAAACACAGAAGAGAGUUGAUACUCUGAUUUCUCAAGUUAAUCAAUAUCAAAGCCAGAAUGUUGCUUUGGAGAGCAAAAUAAAGGAGCUACAGAAUUUGCUGGAUUACGAUCGUGAUCUCCAUCGACGGCGUAUGGCUGAAAAGGAGGAAGAAAUGGCACAAGCUCAGAAGCAGGCACAAGCACAGCUGGAAGAGUAUGAGCAGCUCUUAGAUGUGAAACUGGCUCUAGACUUGGAAAUAAAUGCGUACAGAAAGAUGUUGGAAGGAGAGGAACAGAGGCUAAAGCUGUCACCCAGUCCAUCUUCACACAGCACAGCAACUCAAGCAGCAAGUCAGGGCCGACGAUACCUGCAUGGGAAGAAAAGGAAAAUCAAAGAAACCAGAAAGAGGGAGUGUAGUGCUGCACUUAAGACUAUUCAGCAUGUUUCAGCUACUGGAAAUAUAUCUAUUGAAGAGAUUGAUGCAGAUGGGAAAUUUGUCAGGCUUAAAAACCACUCUAAUGAGGAUCAAUCUCUACAUGGCUGGGUGUUGAGACGACGUAUUGGAAGUGUGGCAGAUGUGAAUUACAAGUUUCCUUCAAGGUUCACUCUUCAGGCAGGCCAAGAAGUUACAAUCUGGGGUGCAGCUGCUGGUGUUAGUCCAGGUCCUAGUGAUCUGGUCUGGAGGUCUCAGAAAUCUUGGGGAACUGGAGAUAAUAUUGGUGUUACACUCAUCACAGAUGAUGGUGAGGAACUCGCAGAGAGGAAGAUAAUGCUUGUACCCAGAGAAGAAGAAAGUGAGCAAGAUGAUGAUUAUGAAGAAAUAACUGGAAGUGAAGCAGAGUUUGGAUCUCAGGUAAGCUGCCUGAAGUUUAAAUAUAUGCUGUCAGCAGAGUCAUUCAAUGGCCAUUUCUUUUCCUUACUAAAUGAAAAUACUUCCUCAAGUACUCUUCAUAUCCUGCAACUCUUAAUGUUUUUCUUGAUGUCAGACCAAAAGAAGAAGAAAAAAGAAAUGUUGUUUGGUUUCAUGAUAGUGGUUCCUGGGCGCAUCCUUAAGCAGCAACUUUACAAUACAGUUGUGUGCCAUUUAUGCAAAAUGAAGAUCCUAGCUGUUCUGUCAUGUAAUGUGGACAAUAAUCUGAAACCACAUCUCAGUCCCAGGUGACACAGACUGUAUGUGUAUUGAUAUCUUCUGUCAUAUUUGGAACUCACAUAUUCCAUCUGAUGUCUUUGUGAGAAGCAUUGUCCAUAACAUGAUGGAAUCACCUGCCUUCUGCUAGGACCCUGGCCUUGGAUUCACUGAUACAAAGAGCAGUGGAGUACAAGCUCCAUGUGAAGUUGUUUUUACUUUUACACAAGGAUCUGGUUUCUGUGACCUGCUGAAACAGAAGGAUACAGAGUUUACAAAGCUUCUAAACAUGUGCCCUAGAAGGAUACUUGACAAUGAACAUGAGGCUGCCUCAGCUUUCUCAGUAUUCUGACAUGGAGUUCUUCAAAGGUAAUUUCUCUUUCCAGCCUGAGUGGGAAACAUGGGACUGAUCAUCAUACCUUUGCACCUUGAGCAAGUCUGAAGUAAAACACUGUCCUGAAGACUGAUGAGUGGUCUGAAAUGUUUCCUGCUCAGAUCCUGAUGCAGAGAUACGUAAAACUGGUCUGGAUCACUUCCUAGAGUGAAACACUUUAGAAUUAAAAGCAAGUUGUCAAAAAUAUUCCUUCCUGUUGUUAAAUGUACUGUUUCUAUAGUCUAGCACCUGGAAGUCCCUGUUUCAGUAUUGUAUAGUCCUAGGUACAGUGUAUCACAGCAGAGCUGUGCCAGCCUUAACUUAGACAAAUGUAUCCUGAAAAAUGUGAAAAAGCAUCUCAUUCUGACAGAGCAGGUACUGAGACCUGUGCUGCUGGCACUGUUUGAUUGGUUCCAACAGCUUUCUAAGGGGCUGGAGAGAAACAUAUGCUAAGUCAAAACUCAAAGCUAGAAAGCCCCAGCUGUAGUGAAAAACACAUCAGACUCACUGCUCUUGGAGCCCUUAUAUGCUAAAUCUCCAUGCAGGCUGCAGCUGUGUGUGUUUAAUGGCAUAGCUGGGGGAAAACUGGUUAUGGGCCACUGUGCAGCUCCCUGUCACUCUGGUAGCUCUGUGCUCCAUGGAACACUGUCCUGUAACCCUCAGGAGGGGACAGUCAGUGCUGUCCCCUGUCCCUCCUGCUGUCACUCUGUCCCUCCUCCAAACUGCUCCCCUGCUGGCCCCAGGGGAACGGAAGGGCUUUGAGCCACAUCAAGUAAACUUCCACCUAAGAGCAGGAGGGGAGCGGAGCAGCUGAGCCUGCAGAUUUCUCUCAGUGCUGGAGUAGUGUUUUGACUGUCUUUUACCUUGCCAAAGUGUUCAGUUCCAAAUUCAAGACCUGCUUUGUGUUAGGAUGCAGGUGCUAAGGUGAGGUUUUCCUAUGCUAGCUUAAACUCUAAUAUUAUUUAAGAAUUCUAAUUUUGAGACAUCAAGAGUAGAUGCUGCUUUAAGACUUGGAUUUUAGCAGAUCCAAAUUAUUGUUCCAUCUCAAACAAUAGAAAUAGCUGCUGCUCUAACUUUGCUGUAUUUAUCUUUAUUUCUUAAAACUUUUUUAACUAUUAAAGAUAUUUUUCAUGUAUAUAAAAGCAGUCUUGGAUUUAAAUAUUUGCCGAUUAAAUAAUAAAGGUCUGU